AUGUUGCUCACUUGCGUCGUAUGUUCAUUCUGUGGCCAAGAUUUUGUAACGCUUGGGCGACACUCAUGGCGGUGUAAACAACGUAUUAAUCAUGAUCAAAGCCGCUCUGGAAACACAGAAAGAGAAAUGCCUGCUUUGAGUAAUCCUAACAUACCUAUUACACAACGAACUGUAAUUAAAUGUUGCUGCGGCAAAGUUUGUAAAGGCAAUCGGGGUUUGAAAAUGCACCAGCGUAGCUGUCAAGUCUUACAUGGGCUAAACAACGAGUUAUGCGCAGAUCUUGAGGAGCAAAUUGCAGAUAACCCUGAGAAUAGUAUAACGGACGACCACCCACCCACUACACAGUCAAAUUUAGACAGUGAAGAAAUUACUCCUGAUCUAAAGAAAGGCAUAAAUCUUCCGAAGAAGGACUCUGAAUGGGAAACGGCCAACGAUUAUUUUAAAUUUGCAAUCCCUUUUAAUGGACCAAUCAUAUCGCAAGAUUUCAAUUCAAGUAUAAGGCAUUUAAAUGAUACUAUAUAUAAUUACUUUGUUGAUAAUUUUGGAAAUGUUGAGACAGCCCCCGACAAGAAACUCGUAGCAAAGUACAAAAAUCAUUCUAUAAAGGAUCUAAAGAAGGCUUUAAGCAAUCUAAAGUCCACAAAUUCGGAGGUAGCCGAAAUAAAAUAUGUGUCUCGUAUUCUGCGCAAUAAGCUUCGUAACCAUGGUGAUAUUCAGACAGACUCCGACCGAGACAACUCGUUUAAUCAUGACAAAUACAUAGAAAGAAAUUUUUGGGGUUAUGUUAAAAACGUUUUAAAUAAGGAAGAUACUGUGUUCCCAUCCUUCAGCAUGACAGAAUGUGCGGUUUAUUUUACUAAAACCUUAGCUGCAGUUCACCCUGGCAAACUGUUUCAUAUUCCUAGCUGGAUUCCUAGGUUAUCUGGUCCACAAGUGCAAUUUGACCUUGACCCGCCUUCUUACCAACAAGUUACUGCUGUUAUUCGUAAAAUGAAAGCAUCUGGUUCUCCUUGUCCUCUCGAUCAAAUAUCAAUUAUAUGCUUUAAGCGAUGUCCUUACCUAAGAACUUAUUUAACUGAACUAAUACGCGCCAUCUGGCUUUCAGGAUCUAUCCCGAGUGAAUGGAAAAAAGCUUGCACUAUACUUAUUCAUAAGAAAGGCAACACGAGUAUUCCCUCAAAUUUCCGACCGAUCACACUCGAAUCUAUACCGCUUAAAGUAUUUACAUCAUGUCUACGUAACGCAAUGUACUCCUUUCUCAAGGCCAAUAACUUUAUAGAACAUAACAUACAAAAAGGCUUCACCCCAAAUCUGUCUGGUACUAUGGAACAUACUGCGCAAAUGGCUAAUAUAAUCAACAAAGCUCGGAUAAAACAACGUUCACUUGUCAUUGUAGACAAACUCACAAUACGAGUGUUGUUUUCAAUAAAUAUAUUUCUAACUAACAAACUUUUACAACAACAACAUGUUAUAUAUCAUGCAAAUUUGAAUAAAUCUAAAUAA